CACCUCUCUAAAGAGAUCUCCGGUUUACCUCACCACCUUCUAUACCUUACAACCACCAAAAUGUCGUCAAUUACCGCUAUGGCCUCCCGCCGGGCCUUUGCCCGCCAGUCUGUUUUCCGGGCCCCCGCCCGCCGUUUCUACAGCUCCAAGUUGGAGGAGGCCAGCCUUGACAAGGCUCCUCGUCGUGACCCUGAGCUUUACGUCCUGCUCGGUGUUAUGUCCGGUGCUUUCCUUGCCGCUGGAUGGUACUUCGGCAAGAAGCCCACCUCCGUGACCUCCGAGAGCAACGUGCGCAUUGGCGACAGCGCCAUGCCUUGGGAGCGUGAGGACGACGGCAAGGUCUACAAGUACCAGUACCACCCUCACGGUGACAAGAGCCAGCCUCUCAGGAACGCCCCCAGCGCUCUGAACACUGUUAUUGUGCCCAACGUUACUCUGCCGGCUGACCUCCACGAGCGCUACAACAAGUACGGCAAGGAGGAAUGGGAUUACUAAAUGGUCAUACAGCUACAUAGAAGGCUAUUAGGGGGGUUGGUUGAGGGGCAUCUCAACACCAGUCGCUGUAUACUAAAAUUGCUGUGAAGAGUAGAGAAGCGUUGUGCAUAGUACAUCUUGACGGGAAUCAAUUGAGAUACUUUUUUUUGCAUUA